UCACUUCCUCCUUACAGCCCCCUGCUCUCUACUUGCCUCUUUAUGCAGCUCCUCCUGCUUGUAUCAUUUCAUGAGGGGAAAGAAAGUGAAAAAGAAGCAGAGAGAAAGGUUGUGAGGGUGUUGUAUAAUCUGAAAAUCAGUGGGAGAGGGAGCAAAAUAGAGUAGGAGGGAGAUAAGAGGGGAGAAAGCCAUGUUUUGAGCACAGGCAACUGGCUGCUGAGACAAAACAGCAAGAGAGAGAGAGAGAGAGAGAGAGAGAGAAAGAGAACGAGAGCAGGAGACAACGGACCAGCUAGACACAAGAUGGCUACGGUCUCUUCUGAAUUAAAUGCUGCAGAGGGAUCCUCUCCACCCAUGCGGCGCCUACUGUUGCUGGGGUUCCAGGGCUCUGGGAAGACCUCAACACUGAAUACCAUCUUGAGCCAGGAGAAAAACCCAUCUGACAAUUCCCAAACAGACCAACAACAUUGGGUAGACAUACUCACCUGGCGACUGUUGAUCAUUGACACCCCUGGAUGGAGUCUGAAAACCGAAGACACAACUGAUGAGACGGACUCAGAGAACCAGCAGUCCAUCAUUGAUCAAUGUUCUCCUGGUCCCCAUGCCCUGCUGCUGGUGGUUCCCAUUGGAGUUCCAUUCACCGAACACCACUGGCAAGGUCUUUGGUCCCGAGUUAGGGCACUGGGAGCAGGAAUAUGGAGGCACACCAUGGUUUUGUUCACCUGUGCGGACCAGUUGCCGCAGGACAAGGGUGUGGAGGAAUUUAUUGUGGAUGGCGGGGCAGCACUACAGAGGCUGGUGCAGAGGUGUAGCUGCAGGUACCAUGCCUUGGAUAACACCCGCUCAGAGAAAAGUGCUCAAGUUGCAGAGCUUUUACAGAAAGUGGAGGAAAUGGUUCAGGAGAAUCAAGGCUGGUUCUUUGAAAUGGUGAGGCCAUUCCUUGGAUUCGAUAAUGAAGAGAUUGAAAAGGAAAGAGAAGAGGAUGGAGUCUCAGAAGUGGAGAGGACAGCAGCAAUGUUUAGAUCUCCACCAAGAGAGUUACGGGUUCUGUUAGUAGGCUGGCGUGGAGCAGGUAAGAGCUCUGCAGGUAAUCUUCUACUGGGCUGUCGUGUGUUUGAAUCGGGACGCCCCACUGAGGUAUCUGUCCGUCGUCAAGCAUUGGUUGCUGGUCGGCGCCUCACAGUUGUUGACACACCAGGUUGGGAUUGGUUCUCCGUCCAGCGCACACCCAGCAACAUUCGAAAAGAAAUCAAACAAGGGGCAGGGCUUCUCCAUCCUGGCCCACAUGCGCUCUUACUGGUUAUCCCUGUGGUCUCGACCCUCACUCCCAAAAAGAGGCAGGCCCUCAAGAGCCAUUUGGAAAUGUUUGGCGAGGAGGCGUGUCUUCACACACUGGUGCUGUUUUCAUGUGGCGAUUGGCUGUAUGGCACAUCAAUCGAGGAGCACAUCCAGCGGGAUGGAGGUGAGCUGCUGAAAUUGAUGCAGCAUUGCUGGAACUGUUAUCAUGUGCUUGACUGUACCAAAGCUAACAAGGAUAGGACGCAGGUGACUGAACUAUUGCGGAAAAUAGAGGAAAUGGUGGCAGAGAAUGGACAGACACCUUUCUUACCUGUCAAAUUAAAUCAAGAACUAGACGAGGAGGAAACGAGUGGAAGAUGCAUUCUACAGUGAAAUAUAAGGCAACAUAAAGUGCAUAAACUUCCAUUCACACUGUUUGUAUGUCAUCUUCAUAGAAUGCAAACUGAAUUUGAACUAGACAUUCUACUGCUUUUUAACUUCAUUGUCAGUCUGUUGACAGUAUACAUCAGACUUACAACCUACAUUUCUGGCUUCUUGAGCAAUGUUAAGAUUUAGUCACAAGAUUUCCAUGAAGUUUUAAAUUAAGAACAUUUGCCUUUGCUAGAAGCACGUAGCACUUUCUAAUGACAAAAUCUUUAUAUAAACUUGUUUUUUUUGUUGUUGUUUUUUGUAAUCCUGUGAGCUAGAGACCACAAAUAACAGUAGGCCUACUCAAAUACUGAUACUACCGCCAAAAGCAUGCAAAAGUUUCAGAGCUGAUUAUUUUCAAAUGUUAUGUAAAAUGCAUGGUGGAAACAAACAGACCAAAUUACUAUUCAUUUCCACUGUGUAUAGCAGAACUCUCAUACCUGGUUUUGUACAGUAUUUACGCAACCUCAUCAUGCACAUUCAAGCAGUGUCAUAUAAUAUUUAGUAAAACUGCAUUUCACAAAGCUAGAAUAUUGCUUGCGUGUAGUUUGAAUGUACUCACUCUAUUAUAAGUAUAAGUACAUUGGGAUUAUGUGCACCUGGAUUCUCGAAUAUAUAAUUGUUCUACAGACUGAACUGAAUGUGCCAUUGAGCACCUUAAGAACAUUCAGGGUUUUUUGUUAUGAAUUUGAUAUUAGCAACUAAGAAGAAGGGCAUAUCAUACUUAGGGCUGUGAUGACAGCAUUAUAUUCUACCUAAACACAUUUACCAAUAUGUGUUGAGCAUUCAGGGCAUGGCUGUUACUAGUAAUAUUUAUCUUGUCCGCAAAUGUUUGACACACUAUGAGAAUAUACCAUGAAAUCCCAAGUGCAUGGGCAACCAUAUCAGCCUCAAAUGUGACUUUAAACUGAUUUGACUGAAGACACUGAUGACUAAAGAGUUUAUCUUUUGUAUGCUUUUCACUUCAUAUUAAUAAAGAAUAAUUUUGCACAUCAA